AUGGGUGGCCAGUUUUCCAAGAUGAUGGGCAAGAUCUUCGGAUCCAAGGAGAUGCGUAUCCUUAUGCUCGGUCUCGACGCCGCCGGUAAAACCACGAUUCUCUACAAGCUCAAGCUCGGCCAAGAUGUCACCACAAUCCCUACCGUUGGGUUCAACGUCGAGACCGUUACCUAUAAGAAUGUCAAGUUCAACGUUUGGGACGUGGGCGGCCAGGAUAAGAUCCGCCCUCUCUGGAGGCAUUACUUUAGCGGUACCCAAGGCCUCAUUUUCGUCAUUGACUCUUCAGAUCGUGCGCGUAUCGAUGAGGCGAAGCAGGAAUUGCACAGGAUCAUCAAUGAUCGCGAGAUGAAGGAUAGCUUGCUCCUCGUCUUUGCGAACAAGCAGGAUCUCCCUGAAGCCCUGAAGCCCCAAGAAGUUACCGAGGCCCUCCAACUCUCUAAGCUCAAGGAUAAGGUGUGGUACGUCGUUCCUAGUUGCGCGACCACCGGAGAAGGUCUUCUCGAGGGCCUUGCUUGGCUAUCCAACAACGUCAAGGCCCCUCCUGCUCCUGUGAAGAAAUAG